GCUCCGGCAGGGGAGGGGCUUACGGGGAAGGGGGCGGAGCUUGGGGGCUGCGGAAAGUCCAGGCUGAAAGCUUGGGGAUCUCUCUCUAGCUGAGCUGGGGGUGGGGGUCCUGUCUCCUGAACUCACGAAAGCUCUCCCUGCUGGGCGCUCUGCAGACGUGGCUGACUGGUUCAAGGCCCGCUGUCACCCACCCGGAUCGUCCACCACCAGCGUUCCCGGAUGCAGUGCAGCCCGCUCCUGCCCCAUCAGCAUUAACCCCCUAAGGACCUCAAAUUCCCCUGCUGUGCCUUAGGCAGCAUCCCUGGAAAAAAAAAAAAAAACCAGGCGGCCACGUGCUGCGCGGCCACUGCGCGGGAUGUGCGAGGAUGGCUUCGCGAGGUCAACGCUGAGGGAGUCCACCCCACCCGCGGAAACCGUCACGCGGGACGCGAUCGUUGAGUGUGCCUUGCAAAAGAAACACUUAAAGGUAUUUUAAAACGUUCUUUAGGAAGAGGGCCGUAGACUGUGGCCUUGAGGUUAUCAAUUGGACCAGCGGAGAGGUUGGAAGCCCGGUUUAGGAAAGGGAGUGGAAAAGAGGCAAGCAAAAGAGACUCCCCUUUCGAUUUAUGCUAACCAAGCUGCAAAUAAACCCGCUGGCCCCACUGCAAUCUUCUCUGCACUAGAGUACCAAGAGAGCCUGUUCCUAUGAAGCACUGAAGGCGUAAGGAAUGCUGUUGUAAAAAAAACUCAUAAUACGAUGAGGAGUUGCCACAUCUGCAAACUUCCCGGAAGAGUCAUGGGGAUCCGAGUGCUCCGGUUCUCCCUGGUGGUCAUCCUUGUGUUGCUGCUGGUAGCGGGGGCUCUGACCAACUUACUCCCCAACAUCAAAGAGGACAAGAUGCUCACUCUGCGCAGGGAAAUCAAAUCCCCGAGCAAGUCGGCCCUGGAUUCAUUCACUCUCAUCAUGCAGACAUACAACAGAACAGACCUCUUACUAAGACUCUUAAAUCAUUAUCAGGCAGUACCGAAUCUGCACAAAGUGAUCGUGGUGUGGAACAAUGUUGGAGAGAAGGGACCAGAGGAGUUGUGGAAUUCCCUAGGGCCUCACCCGAUCCCUGUCAUCUUCAGACCACAACCCGCAAACAAAAUGAGAAACCGGCUCCAGGUCUUCCCUGAAGUGGAGACCAACGCGGUGUUAAUGGUAGACGAUGACACGCUCAUUAGUGCCCAGGACCUUGUUUUCGCUUUCUCGAUAUGGCAGCAAUUUCCUGAUCAGAUUGUAGGAUUUGUACCUAGAAAACACGUCUCUACAUCGUCCGGUAUCUACAGUUAUGGAGGCUUUGAGCUGCAGACGCCGGGGCCUGGGAAUGGUGACCAGUACUCCAUGGUGCUCAUCGGAGCCUCCUUCUUCAACAGCAAAUACCUGGAACUCUUCCAGAAGCAGCCUGCAGCCAUCCACGCGCUGAUCGACGAGACUCAAAACUGUGAUGACAUUGCUAUGAAUUUCCUCGUCACCAAGCACACUGGCAAGUCUUCAGGGAUAUUCGUGAAACCUAUAAACAUGGUCAAUUUGGAGAAAGAAACCAACGGGUAUUCUGGAAUGUGGCACCGGGCAGAGCACUUUCUGCAGAGAUCCUACUGUCUAAAUAAGCUUGUCAACAUCUACGACGGCAUGCCCUUAAAGUACUCCAACAUCAUGAUUUCCCAGUUUGGUUUUCCAUAUGCCAACCAUAAAAGUAAAAUGUGAACCGGAAACAAAGACAAACCCCAAAACAUUGCUGGGUUUUCCAGUGGCUUCUCUGGGCUGUGUUUUUGUUUUUAUUUUUGUUUUUUUUUUUUUUUCAAGCAACACCAUGAACUUUUAUCUAGUCCACCAGUCUCUAUAAUAGAAAGAAACAUAUGCAGUACUACUAGAAUGUGAAACACAUGGACUUCAAAAGCCAAGAAACUGGUCUCAACCCAGAUAGGAUUUCCUGUGAAGAGCUUUUAUCCAAGGCUGUCACUCCUUGGUGGUGAGAUUACUGUUGACAUCUCGAGACUGCUCUCCAGUUUGUUUGAGCCCUGGCAUUUGCCUUAAGGCCCUACAGCAAGCUGCUUCCAGAGACUCAAAAGAGACAAUUUUCAGCUUUUCAGUGAAGGUUGAUUGUUUUUAUUUGAAGCCUGAAAUGCCUGUGAUAUAGGGAAAAGCCAUGUGAGGAGUUUGGUCUGAACCCCUUGUCGAGAAUCAGGAAAAUCCCUGGUUACCGGUGUCUUUCUGGCCCUACUGAGCAGAAUUGACUGAGCCCAGCAUGGUUUUGACAAAGCUGCCCGUGCUGGUGUUUCUGCUGUCAUGCCUGUCAUGACUUGGGAGUGUAAGUUUUUUAUUGUUUUGUUUCAGAUUUUUUUUUGUGAGCCUAUUCUGCAUGGAUCACUAAAAUGUGCCAGCCAUGUUUCUUAUAUGCAACCUAUAUGCAACAAGGAGUCAACAUGUUCCUGUAAUCUGUCACCGUGUGUGACCUUGAGAAUCUACAUUAGUUCUUAUAUUUUGCAGAAUGUGUUGAAUAAAUAUUCUAAAAAUAACUUCUGAAAGAAUGGUUAAGUAGAAGCUAGUAGAAAUUGAAAACUUUAGUAUCAAAGAUCCUUAUUAUUAACGCAUAGGCUGUCUUGUGAGUAUCUAAUAACUGUAUUGCACAGAAAUGUUUCCAUCCAGAACCCAGGAUUUUGUUAGGAUCUUUAAGUCCCAAGGCGCUAUUCAUCAUGAUGAAAUUUCAAUUACAUAGUUGUUGAAAAUAAAAAGGACUGAGCCAUCAUGUGAGAAGGCUGUGGGAUACCCUCAGGAGUUCACUGUUCCUUCUACGUGCUCCUCGCCAUGGGAGCCCGUGUCUGCAUCCUUCCUGGUGUCCUUUAGUUUGACCUUGUUCACCACUGCUGAAAAGGAAUAAUCUAUCAGGCCUCCAUGUAUCACUUUUCUUCUUCUCUUCAUAUAAGGCCUAAACAUUCUCAAAGGUGUAAAAACAGGAUACUGGCACCGAAGUUCCCCUGCAAGACCUUCCCGCCAUCAGUCCAGUGUCUGUUUGUCUUAACAAUGGAGUGUAUAUGUGUGUGUCUUAAUGCAAUCAGAAACAUUUCAUUUGAACCCAUUAAAAGUCAUGUCAGUUAUCUGCUUUCUGCAAA